AUGCUACCGCCUCCACCUCCACCGCCGCCGUCUUUUAGGGCCCCAGCAACUGACGCCAGCUCAACUCCACAAGCGCCAGUUGUUCCUGAGAGCGGUCCCGCCAGAGGCCUAUUGCUUGAGUUGAUCAAGCACAAUGGCGCACCGUUCAACGAUCACUGGGCAUACUUUGUCCGAUCCAGCUCGAGUUACUCUGUUGGUAUUGUCUAUGAAGCUGUUGGUGAUGUCCGCAGCGGAUUCCAACGCCAGACCCGGAGAAAUCAUGACCUGACCUCUGAUCCACCUUCGACUCGAAUCCUGCUCCAGUGGAUUGAUGCUACUUUUGUCAACGAAGAACUGAUGCUUCACGACCAAGGGUCGAUGCCUAUGUGCAUCUUUGAGGAGAGCCUGAAUAAGGUCAAAGUACCCAAGAAGACAUUGAAUGACACACGCGAAAGUGAAGCCCCGAAGAAAAGAAUUGCACAAAGGAACUGCCAGACAUGGAUCGUUGAGUCGGCGGAUCAGCUGGUUGCAGAUGGCAUUCUCUCCUCGGAUGUUGCUGCUUAUCUUCAUGCCACCAAGCAAGUCUAA